AUUAUCUCAAAAAGAGCAUGUUAUAUUCUUGUUUGGAGUUAAGCCACCAGAUCUUCUGAUUAUCCAAAUCCUAUGUUGACUAAUAGUAGUUAUGUUUUAGUAUUUCAAACUUCAAAACUACUUAGAAAUAUAAGUAGUCCAUAGCCUUAUUGUGCACUGCAAAUCAGUUUCUUACUGCAUAUUUCUUCAUCAUUCUUUGUUUUGUUGAAGCUGAAGCAGUAUGGCAGACGACGUCGUUCUGCUAGAUUUCUGGCCGAGUCCUUUUGGGAUGAGGGUGAGGGUUGCACUUGCUGAAAAAGGUAUAAAGUAUGAGCGCAAAGAAGAGGAUCUGAAGAACAAGAGUUCUUUACUCCUACGAAUGAACCCGGUUCACAAGAAAAUUCCGGUUCUUAUCCACAACGGCAAACCCAUCUGUGAAUCUCUCAUUAUUGUUCAAUACAUUGAGGAUGUUUGGAAUCACACAAAUCCCUUGCUGCCUUCUGACCCUUACCAGAGAGCACAGGCAAGAUUUUGGGCUGAUUAUGUUGACACUAAGAUAGUUAAUACCUUAGAGAAGAUUUCGAAAGGAAAAGGAGAAGAAAGAGAAGUUGCAAAGAAAGAGUUGAUAGAAGCCCUUAAAUUGUUGGAGGAAGAAGUGGGAGAUAAAAGUUAUUUUGGAGGAGAAAAUCUUGGUUUUGUGGACAUAGCACUUGUCUCAUUCUACCCUUGGAUAAAAUCCUUUGCAACUUUUGUCACUCUUAACAUAGAUGCUGAGUGUCCUAAGUUGAUUGCUUGGGCCAAGAGGUGCCUUCAAAAAGAAAGUGUUGCUAAGUCUCUUCCUGGUGAGCAGGUGAUCAAUGAGUUCACAACAAAGAUCUUCAGCAUUGAGUAGCUUCAAGCUUAAAUCACAAAUUGAAAGUGUUGCUUAUUUUUUAGCUUUCUAUUAAGUAAUAUCUUUGCAAUAAAAGGCAUUUUGAUGUGCCAAAUUAUUGUUUUAUGUAAGAGUGCAUAUGUUUUAUUGAAGACAUUUUAUAUGAGGUUAGAUAUUUAAGGGAGUUUUUCUUGUUAUUAA